CUGCUCGCCGGCCUGCGACCCUCGCGCUACGGAGCCACGGCCUGCAGUCCGCCGCAAGCCGGGGCACCGUGCGGGAUGCUCGCCGCCACGCUGCCCUCAGGCCUGGACUUCGUGUGCCUGCAGGAGGUGUUCGACCUGCGCGCGGCGAGCCACCUCUUGCGCCACCUGGUGCCCAACAUGGGCCCGGUGUUGUACGAUGUGGGCGCGCUCGGCCUAUGGCCUGGGCCGCAUCUCAAGCUGCUGGGCAGCGGGCUGCUACUGGCCUCACGUUACCCGCUGCUGAGCGCAGCCUUCCGCUUCUUCCCCAACGGGCACCGUGAGGACGCGCUGGCCUCCAAAGGGCUGCUCUCGGCACAGGCGCAGCUGGGCAUCCUGGACGGCCGCCGGGUCGUGGGUUUCCUGCAUUGCACGCACUUGCAGGCAUCCGUUGAAGAUGGUCCCGUGCGCUGCGAACAGCUGGCGCUGCUACUGGACUGGGUGGAGCAGUUCGAGGCUGAGAACCGCCUGGAGGACGAAGCUGUAGCCUUCAGCGUGCUCAUGGGAGAUCUGAACUUUGACAACUGCUCACGAGCGGACUCCCAGGAGCAACAGCACCAGCUUUUCAGCCGCUUCCAAGACCCCUGCCGGCUGGGCGCGCAACAGGAUCAGCCUUGGGCCCUGGGGACACUGCUAAGCACCCCACAGCUCCACCACUCUGAGGCCAGCUCCCCAGAGAUGCUGCGCAGGGCCCUGGAACAGGAGGAGGGGCGCCGCCUGUACCUGGCCGGUUGCCCCAGCGUCAGCUACUCCAAGUCUUGGCGGGGCCGGCGCCUGGACUACAUCCUGUACUGUGGAAUACCCAGGACCCUACUGAUCCCGGAGGUGGAACAGGUGACCUUCAGUACCGCCCUUGCAGGGCUCACGGACCACCUGGCCGUGAGUCUACAGCUCCGAGUGUCUGCACCCUCAUAACCCAGACAGACGACAUGCGUGCGGAAGCAAGGACUGACGCUCGCCUGGAGGCCACCGUGCCCAGCAUGGGUGAUUCCAAGAUCUUUAUUAGGGGUCACACGGCCUCCUGGGCACGGCGGUACUCAUACACACUGCCCCGCUCUGGGAAAGCUGGAGCCUGUGAAGAUGACCCUGGGGGUGGGGCAGGGUCCUCGGGGUCUCCGUAGCCACCCCCGCCGGGCGUGUGGAGGCAGAAUACGUCCUGAGAAGCAGAGGGGCAUCUCAGCUCAGGGGCUAGGGCGCUCCACACAAACCUCCCUCCCCUGCCCUCCAGCCUGGGUCACGGUCUGGGACGCUGUGCCCUUUCCCUUGGAAGCCAAAUUAAACUGGGCUUUUUCGA